AUGGACCCUGUUGUUUUGAGUUACAUGGACAGUUUACUUCGGGAAUCAGAUGUCUCACUGUUGGAUCCUCCCAGCUGGCUUAAUGACCAUAUUAUUGGAUUUGCUUUUGAGUACUUUGCUAGUGACCAGUUCCAUGACUGCUCAGACCAAGUGUGUUUCAUCAGCCCAGAAGUCACUCAAUUCAUCAAGUGUACCACCAGCCCAGAGGAGAUCACCAUGUUCCUUCAGCCUCUUGACUUGCCCCACAAAAGAGUCGUGUUCUUACCCAUCAAUAAUAACUCCAAUCAAGCAGCUGGGGGAACUCAUUGGAGUUUGUUGGUUUAUCACCAAGACAAAAAUAGAUUUUCCCAUUAUGAUUCACAUAGCAGAAGCAACUCUGUACAUGCAAGACAGGUAGCAGGGAAACUGGAGGCCUUUUUGGGAAAAAGAGGGGACAAAGUAGCAUUUGUAGAAGAGAAAGCCCCUGCUCAACAAAACAGCUAUGAUUGUGGAAUGUAUGUAAUCUGUAACACAGAGGCCUUGUGUCAGGGCUUCUUUAAGGGACAGCCAGAGCCACGACUGCAGCAUCUCACACCUAUGUAUAUCACGAGGAAGAGGGCAGAAUGGAAAGAUCUCAUCUCCAAACUUGCAAGAAAAUGAUGUGUUCAGUGCAAUUAUCUUCAUCUUUUCUUAAAUUUCAAUCUUCUCUAUUUGUCUUUCCUUAUAUUCUGAUUCUAUGUCUAAGGAAUGGUGUCAAGGCUGUGCCCUUUCACUUCUUCCUGAAAGAACGUAAUCCUCAGGCAUUAUUGUUACAAUGAAAGGCCACACUUAAACCAUAACUUCAGAGUACUGUAGGCUUUGGAAGUAGCUUAACUGCAUGCACCAGGACCUCCAAGCCAGCCAUUUUCAAAGUUUGGGUAGUAACCUUUGCACAAAAUUUUCAUUUUACUAUUGUUCAAAUACACUGAACCAUCAACCUGCCAUUGAAGUACGUUAUUUGUAUAUAUAAUUGGUCUGUGCCAAAUAGAAACAAACCUACUUUUAUUUAAGGUCUAGAAAAAUAAGGAGCCAUGGUAACACAGGAGCAAUCACUAAAAUAGUAGAAAUGGAAAAUCACAGGGAAAAAAAGUCCCAAUACCUUAAAGCCCUGCCCCUGAAUACAGAAUGACCCAGGAAAUGAAAGCUAAUAAUGACAAAACCUCAGUUAAACUUUAAUAAGUUAGGGAUCAUUUUGUUGUUGUUGUUGUUUUUUAAUUUCCCCUGUCUUCUGUUCACCACAAUUAAGCUUCCCUUGCUCUCUGCUUCACCUCUGUAAAUCUUUAAGGAAAAUGAAAUGUAUUCCCUCACCCAUUUUGUCUGAUUCCUAAAUAUUGAGUAAUUUUAUGCUAAAUAAAUUACUGUGGUUAGCUUCUUGGUUUGACACAUCGGCAUUGUAGAGAUUGACUGCUACUGUGUAAUAUAUCAGAAGUUUCUCCUAGCCUCAUCUUUUGUUAUCAUUGACUAGUCCCUUAAUUGGAACUUUACAAUUCUAAAGCUCAUUACUAAUAAUUCAGUUAAAUAUGGUAAAUUUUAAGCAUCUACUAUGUACAAGGUUCAGCUUGGCACUGUCUUUUCUUAUCUCAGUGCAGAGAAAUACUUUUGCCCUCAUUGUAAUCUCUUCCUCUUCUUCCUCUCCUCCCUCUCCCCCUUCUGGGAGAAGAGAUUUGUUCUGGUUCAUUCUGAUUCUAUUGUAUUUGUAUCAAAAGUUUAUAAUAUUCUUUAGAUUGUUAAAAAGGUACCUCCUUCACUCACUCACUUAGCUCAAAAUGUAAACAUCUGGAACCAAAAAUAAAGAGAAAUACUUCC